AUGGCUACUCCAACUCAAUCUGUUCAGUGCUUUGGCAAGAAGAAGACGGGUAAUGACUCCUGCGGAAUCACCUCCAAGCUCGGAGUGAAGAUCAUAUUCGAGAAAAUCAGUAUGGAUGCUAACUCCAAUCUUAGCAACCGCUGUCGCUCAUUGCAAGGUCCUUACCACCUCCAUAUAACUCCCCACCCUUUCAAACUACAGCUAAUACCCCACUAGAAGGGUCGCGGACUCGUCAAGGUCAACGGCUCCCCUCUCAACCUCGUCAAGCCUGAGAUCCUCCGCUUCAAGGUCUAUGAACCUCUCUUGAUUGUCGGUCUCGAUAGAUUCGCCGAAGUCGAUAUCCGCGUCCGUGUCUCUGGAGGUGGUCACACUUCACAGGUCUAUGCUAUCCGCCAGGCUAUCGCUAAGUCAAUUGUCGCCUACUACCAGAAGUUUGUCGACGAGCACAGCAAGAAUCAGUUGAAGCAGGCUCUGAUCACAUACGACCGUUCGCUGCUUGUUGCCGAUAACAGACGGUGUGAGCCAAAGAAAUUUGGCGGCCCAGGCGCCAGAGCAAGAUACCAGAGUACGUACUUUCCAAAUCUAGUACUCAAGACUUGGUGGCAGAGACUAAUGGGGGUUCGCAGAAUCUUACCGUUAACCGGCGUCUUGGCUCAGGUAUAUGGUCCAUUUGGGUUUCUUGUAUCAAUUUCUUCACAAAUAAAAGCAAACCCUGUGCUGGAUAAGGGUUUAAAAAGUUCACCAAAAUUCUCCCGUGUUUUGAAAUAGUCGGAUUAUUGGUUGGGCUUUGCGGUGGCGGUUGUCUUCAUUUAUUGGAUGUAUUAAUGGGCCGGAGUUACUCGGGUAGCGAAUUAUGACCGCGCAAAGCCCGGCCCUAAUUCCCCCGCCCUCACAACCGCUAUUCCAGCGAAAUUUACUGCCCUUUUUAAUAAGUUUUAGCAUGCUCCAAGUAGAUUCAGUUCGAGAUAAUCCUCACGAAUUAUAUGUGCUCAUAUCUCAUGCUUCAGAGCAUCGCGUAGUAGGCCUAGUCCCUCAAUUAUUUGUCCCUAUCUUAAUGAUUGCUCUUGUACGUAAGCAGCUUGAACUCUGUUUUUAUAUCGUUGAUGUUGGUGCCAUGAAGUUAUACCUUUCGUACCAACCAAGUGGGGUGCCUUUCAAGGCUAGGAGUACUACUUGGAUUGUCGUAAGUGAUAUUUCUGCGCUUCGGGAAGUAGAUGAGUACGGGU